ACGCUAAGGCUAUCCCCUCCCAACCCUACUCUUCAAAUUCUCUUCCUCCAACUUCCACCUUCCUUCAACGUUCAACCAUGGUCUCCAACUCCAAGAUCAUCAAAAGAUCCCCCACCAAGCCCUUCCGCCGCCACCGCCGCAAGUCUCCGAUCAAGAAUGCCUCCUCCGCUGUCGUCGCCACCAUCCACCGUUCUCUCUACACCUGCCACCGCCGUCUUCUCAAAAUCUUCUCCAAGUUAGCCCGUAUCAGCACCCCCAACCGCCACAAAGGCUACAAAUCCUUGAGGAAAACCGCCUCCACCUCCUCUGAACCCGACAUUGUCCGAACCCUAGUCUUCGACAACGGCCUCCUCCCUCCUCUCAUUUCGCCGGCCAAGCGGACCGUUCUCCUCGACCUCGAUGAGACUCUGGUCCAUUCCAAACUCGAUCCACCGCCAGAGAAGUUCGAUUUCGUAGUCAGGCCGAAGAUCGACGGCGAAAUACUCAAUUUCUAUGUGCUCAAACGCCCUGGCGUGGACCAAUUUCUGGAAGCCCUAGCGGAUAAAUUCGAAAUCGUGGUGUUCACAGCGGGGUUGAAGGAAUACGCGUCGCUCGUGCUGAACCAUUUAGACAAGAAAUCGGUGAUCUCGCACAGGUUGUAUCGCGAUUCUUGCAAGGAGGUGGAAGGGAAAUACGUGAAGGAUUUGUCUGAAAUUGGGAGGGAUUUAAGAAGAGUAGUGAUUGUGGAUGAUAAUCCGAAUGCUUACGUUUUUCAACCGGAAAAUGCGAUUCCGAUUCCGUCGUUCAUCGACGAUCCGACGGACAUGGAGCUUCGGAAAUUGGUAAAGUUUUUUGAGGUAUGUGAAUGUUAUGAUGAUAUGAGGGAUGCUGUGAAGCAAUAUCUGAGUAGAGAAGAAACUUGAAAUUACUGAAGUUUGUUUGUUGAUUGAAAUGAUAUGAUUACUAAAAAUGUAGUUGAACAGUGAAUGUUCAAUUUCAAAUGAAAAAGGAACAUCUUCCUCUUUAUGUAAUCCAAAUUCAAUCCAUAAUACAUAGAUUUUGCAGAAGAGAUGUUGUUUCGGCUUUCUUCAUCGUUAUGAGUCUAAUCAUUGAUUUGAUCAACACUUUGUGGUAUUGUUUCAGCU